CCAACUAACGACCCCGCCCUAAACCAUCCAAACUCGGGAAACAUGGUCUGUUCAACGUGAGAGCUGUAUCCGGAAUCCGGGAACUUUUUCUUUUUUUAAUUUUUUCUUUCCUUGGGUGGGGUGGGGUGGGCAUACUUUAAAAAGUAAUUAAUAUUAACGCAACUAUUUUCUUUUCUUCCCACUGAUCCUUCCCCUUUACCCUCUCCCGCCUCCUCUACCUGGGCGGGGAUUGUUUCCACGAUGAAAUGAGUGAAAACCCGAGUGAUCCAGUGUCUCCCGUGGUGCGAGUGAGUCGCUGCCGCUGAAGGCAAAGGGUGGGGGUGGGACCUCCGGGGGGUGGAAGGCAGGUGGUCCCCGGGCACUGCCUGGGCUUUGGGAAAAAGAACCCGCCACCUUUGCCUCAGCAAUGCUCACAAGAAGAUAAGUCUCACUCCCCACGGUCUUGCACGCUGGCAGAUUCAUAGGGAACGGUCCCUCGGGGAAUGUAGGACUCACUGCAGGACUUGGGGUAUUGGGAUCCCGGGCAUUAAUCAGGUCUAACCACAGAGCCGGAAUCAUUAUAUCGUAUUAUAUAUACCCCUUUUUCUUCUGCCAUCAUGAUUCUCCUUGGCAGCAGCAUUAGCAGCCGCCUGAUGGUGAAAAUGUGGGUGAUGGGGAAAUUGGUAAUGACUCCGCUGUUUUUUCUUAUGGCUCCUUUGGGCAACAGCUGCCCGCCCCCGGUAUACACUGUAGUUGAUUGCAGGGAAACCCUGAACCUCUCCCCUUCUUUCUCUACCGAUUUUGCACUUUUCUCUUUGCUCACCACCAAGUGUAAUCAAUAACACGCGCUGAUAAUACAUAGCAAUAGUGAAAUCUGAAAUAACUAAGAAUUAAUUAGGUACUACAGCCAUGAAUCUGGCUGGGUAAAGUUCAAUUGAAUAUUUCAGUUUCAUUCACCUACCCUGUUUUGGUUUUGGGGGGAGGUUAUUUUGGUGGCUUUUUUUUUUUUCUCCUUUUUGAUAUUUGGAAAGUAAGGAUCACAGUCCCCAUCCUCAUUUCUUUUCAUUACUCUAAAAAGAGGGAAAAAUCCGGAUGGAUUUUAAGGAUUGGACUGGUGUCAACUGUGUUUUAUUGCACACCUAAAUCCUAUUAAUAGGUUUAUCCCUUCCGCCACCUUUAUUUUGGCAGUUAAGCCAAAUGUGUUUUCCAAAAAGUUAGUUCAAGUAUUUUCUCUUUCCUGCCUUCCUUCCCUUCCUUUUUCCCAUCUGACCCCAACCAUUCUUGUCCAAACAUGACUGGACAGCAGCUUUUGUUUCUUGACCCUGUAAUAUGACAGUCUCCUAAUAUUGCCAGAAGGUGCAGUUUUGGGGUUGCGGUCGUGAUUUUAGCUAUACAAUCAUAUUAGGGGAAAAAAUGACUUGUUUCUGUUGUACUUGAGUCUUAAGAAAAAGUGCCCAUAGUUUAGUGACAAUUUCCAAAGGCUUUAGUACCACCUGUAUUUCAAAAUGGGGGACCCAAACUCCCGGAAGAAACAAGCUCUGAACAGACUACGUGCUCAGCUUAGAAAGAAAAAAGAAUCUCUAGCUGACCAGUUUGACUUCAAGAUGUAUAUUGCCUUUGUAUUCAAGGAGAAGAAGAAAAAAUCAGCACUUUUUGAAGUGUCUGAGGUUAUACCAGUUAUGACAAAUAAUUAUGAAGAAAAUAUCCUGAAAGGUGUGCGAGACUCCAGUUAUUCUUUGGAAAGUUCCAUAGAGCUUUUACAGAAAGAUGUGGUGCAGCUCCAUGCUCCUCGAUACCAGUCUAUGAGAAGGGAUGUAAUUGGCUGUACUCAGGAGAUGGAUUUCAUUCUUUGGCCUCGGAAUGAUAUUGAAAAAAUUGUCUGUCUCCUGUUCUCUAGGUGGAAGGAAUCUGAUGAGCCUUUUAGGCCUGUUCAGGCCAAAUUUGAGUUUCAUCACGGUGACUAUGAAAAACAGUUUCUGCAUGUACUGAGCCGAAAGGACAAGACUGGAAUUGUUGUCAACAAUCCUAACCAGUCGGUGUUUCUCUUCAUUGACAGACAGCACUUGCAGACUCCAAAAAACAAAGCUACAAUCUUCAAGUUAUGCAGCAUCUGCCUCUACCUGCCACAGGAACAGCUUACCCACUGGGCAGUUGGCACCAUUGAGGAUCACCUCCAUCCUUACAUGCCAGAAUAGAGUGCUGACCAGCAAAAUGGAGAAGAUCAGAGAGUGCAGCAGCAAUUUUUUUUUUCUUACCACUUGAUUUUUUCAGAGUUUAAAGAAAAAUGGACUCAUGCACAGAACACUAUGCAUUUUGAAACUUGUUCAUCCUGGAUUUUUUUUUUUUAAUCAUUUGUAUCUCAGAACUUAAAUUAGAUGUCUUCUGCACGGACUGUGUGAAAGAAGAUGCUUUGCAUAUUUGCUGCACUGCAUCAGCAUCUUACUAAAAAUGUGAAAUGAAAGGACUAUUGUACACUGAAAUGCUUAAAUGUUUCUGAAAGCACAAGGUGAUACUCAUUUUUGAUGGUCUUUCCAUUUGUGCUGGUGUUGGCCUCUUUGACACCUGUCAUCAGUAUUUGGAGGGUGAGAAGUGAAUGUAACAGGUAUAAACAACGUUUUUAAAACUUACAGCUUUGCUAUAAUCACUGUUGUUCAGAGCAGUGUCAGAUUCAUUCUAAUGGCCAAAAGUGGUUGUUUAAAAAAGAAAAAGAAGAUACAACCAUGGGAAAGAAAUCUUUAAAAAGCAUCUCAUUGUAGGCAGUCUUGCCUCAUAUAUUACUGGGUCAUGUUUGUUUCCUGGUACUCAUAAAUGUAUGUAUUUUAUUUCCAGAUCUCUUUCCCCAAGUUGCUGUUACGAAAGAGGAUUCUGCCGAGUGUGCACACAGUUACACACGUUAAAGCAGAUCUGGAGUCUGAAGUAGCUAAGCGGCUAUGAAACUGAGAAAUACGUUCAUAGCUGCAGAAACCACAAUAGGUAGAGGACUUUCCUUUUGGUUUUUGUUUUUUGGUUUUGAAAAGAAGAGAUUUUUAUUAUAAAGAAAAACAAUUCCAGUGAAUUGUGCAGAAAUACUGGUUUUUACACCAUCCUAAAGGAAAACUUAGGGGUUUUUUUGAUGUAGAAAUGUUAUUAAAGUUGGGAUCUUAAAUUGUGCGGGGAGGAAAAAAAACCAUUGAGUGUCAAAGUUCUAAAAGCAGAACUCAUUUUGUGCAAUGAACAUAAGGAAAGACUACUGUAUAGUUUUUUUGUUUAUUUUUCUUUUAAAUGAAGAAAAGCUUUGCUUAAGGGUUGCAUACUUUUAUUGGAGUAAAUCUGAAUGAUCCUACUCCUUUGGAGUAAAACUUAGUGCUUACCGGUUUCCAAUUGUAUUUAGCUUCUGGUUGGAAUUUGAAUAAAUGAAAACCUAAAUAAAAUAGGUGAAAGUUCCCUGACUAUUCAGGUGAAUACACAAA